AUGGGGCUUUUUUACUGCAAUAAGGGUAGCGGCGGUCCAAAUAAUGUCUGGAACGGCAUUAAAAGCCAAAUUCAGAGCCAUGCGCCGGAUUGCCUGGAACUGGAUGAAAUCCACAUGCUGCAGCAGAAGAGAAUUGAUGACUCUCCCCUACUUCUCGCUGCCAAAGAGAACGACGUUGGCGCGAUCAGGAAACUGUUGGAUUGUCCAUCUACUGACCUACACAUGCGAGGUGCGGUGGGAGAGACCGCCCUACACGUGGCCGCGUUGUAUGAUAAUUUGGAGGUAGCGCAGAUCUUGAUCGAAGAAGCCCCUGAUCUCAUCAAUCAGCCGAUCACCUCUGAUCUUUAUGAAGGGCAGACAGCGCUUCACAUCGCAGCCGUCAAUCAGAACAUGAAUCUGGUGAAGCUGCUGAUCGAAGAAGGCGCCGACGUCUGCUCUCCUCGGGCCACCGGAAGCUUCUUUGCCUACAGUGAAGACAAUCUCUUUUACUUCGGUGAACACGUCCUGACCUUUGCUGCGUGUGUAGGGAACGAGGGGAUCGUUCGGCUUCUCAUAGCAAGCGGUGCCGAUAUUCGAGCCCAGGACUCCUACGGCAACACAGUACUCCAUAUUCUUGCCCUCCAGCCUAACCAGACCUACUCCUGCCAGAUGUUUGACCUCAUCGUGUCCUACGACCAAGGAGAAGGCGAGGAAAGUCUUGAGAUGGUCCCGAAUCACGUGGGGCUCACCGCCUUCAAACUGGCCGCUGCCCAAGGGAACGCCGUGAUGUUCCAGCAUCUGAUACAGAAGCGCAAAAGGAUCCAAUGGACGUUUGGUCCCAUUUGCUCGACUUUGUACGACCUGUCGGGAAUUGACUCGUGGGGCGAGGAGCAAUCUAUACUGGAGCUUGUGGUGUCUUCCAAAAAAAGAGCGGCUCGGCAAAUCCUUGACCUGACCCCCGUGAAGGAGCUCGUCAGUCUGAAGUGGCGAAGCUGCGGCCGCCCGUACUUCUGGUUCCUGGCGGCCUUGUACGUGAUGUACAUGAUCUGCGUGACCAUGUGCUGUAUCUACAGACCCCUCAAGCCGGUCUCUGACAAGUCAAACAACUCGCGUCACAUCACCAUCCUCAUGCAGAGGCCUCUAAAUGAGGCGUAUACGGAGUACGAAGACGAACUGCGGCUGGUUGGAGAGCUAAUCAGCGUCAUUGGAGCCAUCGUUAUCUUGCUUCUCCUUAUCCCAGACCUCCUUCGUGUUGGCGCCACUAGAUAUUUUGGGCAGACUGUUCUUGGAGGACCUUUUCAUAUAAUCAUAAUUGUUUUUGCCUGCAUGGUGAUGGCUGCGUUGGUGAUGAGGGUAACAAACAGCGAUGGAGAAGUUGCCCCCAUGUCUAUUGCCCUCGUGCUUGGCUGGUGCUAUGUCAUGUAUUUCACAAGAGGCUUCCAGAUGCUCGGGCCUUUUACCAUCAUGAUUCAGAAGAUGAUUUUUGGGGAUCUCAUGCGGUUUUGUUGGCUCAUGGCUGUUGUCAUUCUUGGUUUUGGAGCGGCAUUCUAUGUGAUCUUCCAGAUGGAGGAUCCCGAUCAGCUGGGCCAUUUCAUGACUUACCCCAUGUCCCUGUUCAGCACUUUCGAGCUCUUCCUUACAAUCAUCGAUGGACCCGCGAAUUACGACGUGGACCUGCCGUUCAUGUACAGUUUUAUGUACUCUGCGUUUGCUAUAAUAGCAGCUUUGUUGAUGCUGAACCUGCUGAUCGCCAUGAUGGGAGACACUCACUGGCGGGUGGCGCAUGAGCGAGACGAGCUGUGGCGGGCACAGGUGGUAGCAACUACUAUAAUGCUCGAGAGGAAGAUGCCAAAAGCCCUGUGGCCACGUUUGGGGAUUUGUGGGAAGAAUUAUGGACUUGGAGACUGCUGGUUCCUCCGAGUUGAAGAACGCAGGGACUUGGACAAGAGAAAGAUCAAAAGCUACGUUGAUGCUUUCCAGGCCACCGACGAAGAUGAAGGCGGAGACCGGAAAUCUCUAAAGCCAGAUGCCACAGAAGACAAAGAAGAAUCCUAUCACCCGCGUGGCGCGAAUCCACAGUCAUCGAUGACCCCUCCUCUAGACCGCAAAGUAUCCAGCAGGAGAUCAAGUAAAGGAUGGAGCCUUCUCCGAAAGGCCUCUGUUGACCAACUACAAGGCAAAAUUAAUUACGCCCUAGACAUCGAUGAGGACGUGCAUGAUGUGUGA